AUGGCGGUUGGAAGGAUUGGUAGAGGCUUAAUGGCUCCUCUUAUAGCAGUGAACUUGGUGGUCCAUCUGAUCAUGCUUGGACUUGCUGGAUGGUCUCUUGAUAAGUACAUCAAUGGAGAGCAAAAUCACCCUCAUUUGGGAGGAAACCCAUCAACAAGCUUUAUGUUGAUCUUUGCAUUGAUAGCUGGGGUUGUUGGUGCUUGUUCUAUGCUCUAUGGGUGGAUGCAUCUUCGGAUAUGGAGAACUGAUAGUCUAGCUGCUGCUUCUUCUUCAGCUAUCAUAGCCCAGGCUAUUGUUGCCCUCGCUUUCGGUUUCGUAUGUAAGGAGAUCAUAUUAGGUGGACACAGAGGAAAACGCUUGAGCAGAUAUAGAUCAGGUGGAAUUGCCAUGGGUCAUCACCCCCGAACCACAGGCACGACAACUGCUAUCUGA